AUGCGGCGCGAACACGAGAAGGUUGGCCGCCUGCACCUUCCGGACCGCUUGCUGCAUCCUGCAAAUUGCAAUGGUGGCAGUGCCGAAAAUAAGAGCCAAGGGACCUGCGGCCGCCGACCACUAGACGCCAUCGCUAACAAAGGCAACGAAACUGCAAUAGCGAAGCAGCAGCGGAAGCAUGCGUCGACAAGCGAGGUGCAUGGGCCAAGCGACGUUGCGCCGACGCGGGCCCAGGCGUGGGCGCUGUCUCGUGGCAGAUGCCACGUCAACACCGGAAAACUGAGUGGGCGGCGACGGAGUUUCAUUGGUUCGGGCUCCGCUGGUCGAACGGAUAAUCGUUGGCAGUUUAGAAAAGACGCCCGCGCCAAGAUGACCAAGCAUGACGCUUCCGUGCAGAAGAACAACUUCAAGAAGGUGAAGCUCCACAAGAAGAAGCGCAUGGAGGCGAAGAACCAGAAGAAGGUCUUUGUCACGCAGCACGGCAGCAAGAAGACGGUCGGCCGCCCGGCCGCGAGCAAGAAGAAGGUGCGCCGCGACACCAAGCGCGCCCAGAAGAACGCCAAGUACGAGCAGGAGCAGCUGCUCAAGAGCGGCCUCAUCACGCAGGAGGACAUUGACAAGCUCGCCCAGGAACAGAACGACAUGGAGGAUGCCGCCGCCGACGAAGAAUAA